CGAUGAAGAAUCCAAACCAGACGAGAGUUAGAGGGAUCUGGAGACAAGCAAUACAACGCUGAGUCUUGAUGUCCUCCACUCCAGCACAUUGUCUCCACAAACCCAGGGAGGAGGAGAUAACACCUAUUAUACCAACUGCUAUCUGGAGGAGAUAACACCUAUUAUACCAACUGCUAUCUGGAGGAGAUAACACCUAUUAUACCCACUGCUAUCUGGAGGAGAUAACACCUAUUAUACCCACUGCUAUCUGGAGGAGAUAACACCUAUUAUAGCAACUGAUAUCUGGAGGAGAUAACACCUAUUAUACCAACUGCUAUCUGGAGGAGAUAACACCUAUUAUAGCAACUGAUAUCUGGAGGAGAUAACACCUAUUAUACCAACUGCUAUCUGGAGGAGAUAACACCUAUUAUACCAACUGCUAUCUGGAGGAGAUAACACCUAUUAUACCCACUGCUAUCUGGAGGAGAUAACACCUAUUAUACCCACUGCUAUCUGGAGGAGAUAACACCUAUUAUAGCAACUGAUAUCUGGAGGAGAUAACACCUAUUAUACCCACUGCUAUCUGGAGGAGAUAACACCUAUUAUAGCAACUGAUAUCUGGAGGAGAUAACACCUAUUAUACCCACUGCUAUCUGGAGGAGAUAACACCUAUUAUACCCACUGCUAUCUGGAGGAGAUAACACCUAUUAUACCCACUGCUAUCUGGAGGAGAUAACACCUAUUAUACCAACUGCUAUCUGGAGGAGAUAACACCUAUUAUACCAACUGCUAUCUGGAGGAGAUGUGAUAAUAUCGCAAUGUAGUGUAGUAUGAUAAACAGCCCAAACAGGUUAAUUAUUAGAAGCCCUGAAUAAAAAUGGAAAUCCAACAGCUAGAUGGAUGAUAGUUAUCAGAUAUAAUAUGCUGCCGGCUGGAAACGGUCUCCUAGUGGCUGGUCAACUGGUAAGCUGCACAAGAGACACUUCGACAAUCUUUACCACUUCCGACACAAAGAACUAAAAAAGAGGCACUCCAGACUCAGACGUGAUGUUACUAAUCAGCUGAAUCUACAUGAGAUGAUCGAGAGCAGCGAGCAGGAUGAGGUCCUACAGCUUGAUAAGCGAGGAAAUCGAAUCAGUAAGCACGAGCUGUACAAUGACCCUAUAUGGGCGAAUGAGUGGUUUUUAAACUCUGAAGACGCAGGACCGUUUGAGAGGUACGAGUACAAUAUCAACAUCCAGCCAGCCUGGGACAAGGGCUACAACGGUAGCGGGGUGGUGGUUUGUGUCAUUGACGAUGGUCUCGAGAAAAAUCACGCAGAUUUGGCUGACAACUACGACCCCUUAGCAAGCUACGACAUGCAGGAUGACGAUGAAGACCCUUCGCCUCGGUACGCCAGUAACGAACCCAACAGGCACGGUACACGGUGUGCGGGGGAGAUUGCUGCGGCUAGGAACAAUAGCGUGUGCGGGGUUGGGGUGGCCUUUGAUUCCAAAAUUGGAGGCAUCAGGAUCCUAGACGGCCCGGUUACCCGUAUCAUGGAGAGCAAGGCUCUCGGAUUCAAUGUUGAUUACAUUGACAUUUUCUCAGCUUCCUGGGGACCUCCUGAUAACGGAAAGUCCAUGGACGGACCAAAAGGGAUCACAUCCGAGGUUCUGGAAGCGGCUAUGAAAAAUGGAAGAGGAGGAAAAGGGACCAUCUACGUGUGGGCCGGAGGUAACGGAGGGAAGAAUGAUGAUUGCAACGCUGAUGGUUAUCAGACGAUGAGAUGGAGUGUAAGCAUCAGCGCUGUGGGACUCAAUGGAGACACGCCCUACUACGCUGAACCAUGUGCCUCUGCUCUAGCCUCUACAUUUAGUAGCGGCUUUGUGCACAGUAUCGCUACAACUGAUAUCCAUGGAGAGUGCACUAAAAAACACUCCGGAACCAGCGCAGCCGCUCCAAUAGCCGCUGGGAUUUUAGCGUUAGUUCUGCAGGCGAACCCUGAUCUACAUUGGAGAGAUGUUCAGCAUGUGGUAGUCAGAGCAGCUGUGCCUGACAAGCUGUUUCAUCACGAGGGGUGGGUUAGAAACGCUGCUAACCGUGCAACCCACACCAACUUCGGGUAUGGUAUCAUAGACACAGAUAGGGCGAUCAAUAUUGCUAAGAACUGGACUAACGUGGGACCAGAUCACAGAUGUCAGUCUCCAAAACUAACAUACAACCGAGCGAUAACAGCUCAUGAGGGUAUUACUAUAGAGAUACCCUUCGACGGAUGCCAUGACACUAACAACGAGGUAAAAUCCAUGGAACAUGUCUACUUGCAGAUCACCAUGAAAACACCGAGGAGAGGUGACAUGUCAAUCGACAUGAUAUCACCUUCAGGAACUGAGAUGAGACUCAUCAGCACCAGGCAGUAUGAUAGUGAUGUUGUCGGAUUCGUUGACUGGAGACUUAUGACUGUGUUCCUCUUCGGUGAAAAUCCCGAUGGUAUUUGGACCGUGCAUAUCAAGAACCACGGCAAAUACAUCGCAGAACUUGAAAACAUGUUCCUUGACGUGUUCGGUACGGAAAACGCUCCGCAUGAGCCGAGUAUUCCUGUCUUCAGUUCUGAUGAUUCCUCGGUUUGUGAUUCUCUCUGCAAUAUGGCAGAACACGCUUACUACGACUCCGCUAAUCGCUGCGCCAAGUGCAUGGAUGUAGUCAAGGUUGAUCUCAAACGUCGAAGUGACGAGUUAAAGAAAAGAAACCAUGGCUUACCUACUUAACGUAAAUCGUUCUUCCUGUUUUUCCUUCUUCCAGACCCCAUGUCUCUUUUAGCAGUAGCACUAAGUGUAGUUUUGGCAAAAUAUUUGUAAAAAUUGUAGAUUAAGACGUAAGUAAUGUAUAUCAUCUCGUAACGUAGGUCUUUCUAAAAAUCAAAAGAUUGUCCGUUUCAUUAGGAGAGGAAUUUUUAAAAGGUUUUAAUAUCUAAAGAUUUUUAGUGUAUAAAUCUUAAAUUAUUUGAUGAUUUUACUUUUAGGAAUUCAAAUUGGACAUUAGAAGUAUAUUGUUGAGAUGACUAAUAAGUAAUAAAACGAUCAGUAUAUGAUUUUGAACGCAAUCUUAUUUGAGUAAAGUAAUUUCGAUAAUUUGACAUUGUUUUAGUGACACAAUUUAAAUUCUUUAAUUACAAACCCGUUCGCGAAGUUGAUUAACUUUAAGUGUA